AUGUUUUCUCUUUCUCUCUCUCUCCCCCCUCUCACAAAUGCUUUUUUUUUUUUCUCUCUCACCCCCUCUCACAAAUGCUUUUCUCUUUCUCUUUCUCUCUCUCUCUCUCUCCCCCCCCCCUCUCAGAAAUGUUUUUCUCUUUCUCUCUCUCACCCCCCCUCUAACAAAUGUUUUUUUAUCUUUCUCACUCACAAAUGUUUUUUUUCUCUUUCUCUCUCUCCCCCUCUCACAAAUGCUUUUCUCUUUCUCUUUUCUCUCUCUCUCUCCCUCCCCCCCUCUCAGAAAUUUUUUUUUUUUUUCUCUCUCUCCCCUCUCACAAAUGCUUUUCUUUUUUCUCUCUCUCACCCCCUCUCACAAAUGCUUUUCUCUUUCUCUUUUCUCUCUCUCUCUCUCCCUCACCCCCUCUUAGAAAUGUUUUUUCUCUUUCUCUCUCUCACCCCCUCUAACAAAUGUUUUUUUUUAUCUUUCUCACUCACAAAUGUUUUUUUCUCUUUCUCUCUCUCUCACCCCCUCUCACAAAUGCUUUUCUUUUUUUCUCUCUCUCACCCCCUCUCACAAAUGCUUUUCUCUUUCUCUUUCUCUCUCUCUCUCUCUCCCUCACCCCCUCUCAGAAAUGUUUUUUCUCUUUCUCUCUCUCACCCCCUCUAA